AUUCACUCCUAAAAUCUGAUCAAAAGUUCAGUUUCAGGCUGCAGAUGAUGUUUGGAUCACUCAACAUGUUUGACAGACAUGUGACAAUGAUAAUCAGUACAUAGAUUCAGAAUUUAUAAUGUAUCAUUUUAUUUUAACAUGAUUGACAGUGAUUAGAUGAUGCUGGACAUUAAUUUGAAUCAGAAUUAAUUAUGAUAAUUUAUGAUGUAAUGUCUGUAACGUCUCAAAAACAUGAAUAUUCAACACUCCUGGAAACAUCAUAAACUAUCUGACUUUCUAUAGCUUGAUAAUAUUUACAAUUUCACAACUGAGUCCCGCUGUCCACAUAUGAGGACAUUCAUUAUUAGGAUGUUUAUUAGGGGCUACAUAGUUACUAAUGAAAAAGGGGAAUGGAAAAUGCACACAGUCAUGCUCAUGUCUCAGGAGGUUAAAUAAUGAUGUUCUGUGAGAAAUGAGGAAGUUACUGUUGUCAGUUAAUGAUAAUGUGAUAUUAUCUGAACACAAAAACCUUUGGACUCAAUCUAAUCUUACUGUGUGAAAUAUCUGGGUCACAUUGAAACCUUAAAAACAUGAAACUGUAGAGUUUAAAACUAGAGAUAACUCCCUCCAGAAACACACUGUAGCUUAUUUAAUAAUUUAUUAAUUUCUCAUUAAGGUGUUUAACAAGGUCAUAUGAUAGUGACAUCACUAAUGUUGCUGUGGACUGAAACCAGAACAACUCCACUACACACACACACACACACACACACAGACUCACACAAUCUCACACACACACACACACACACAGACUCACACACAGACUCACACAAUCUCACACACAAACACACACAGACUCACACACACACACACACACACAGACUCACACACAGACUCACACAAUCUCACACACAAACACACACACACUCUCACAGACACACAACACACACUCACACACUCUCACAGACACACUCACAGACACACGCAAACAAUCACACACACAAACACGCACACACACACACACACUCUCACAGACAUACGCAAACAAUCACACACACAAACACUCAUGCACACACAGACACACACACAGACACACGUUCACACAGAGACACAAACACACACAAACACACACACUCUCACAGACUCACACACAGACACACACAUACACAGACAUACACACACACACACACGCAAACAAACACACUCAUACACAAACACACACACUCUCACAGACACACUCACAGACACACACACACACAGACACACUCACACACAGACACACACUCACACACGCAAACAAACACUCAUACACAAACACACACACACUCUCACAGACACACGUUCACACACAGACACAAACACACACAGACACGCAAACAAACACUCAUACACAAACACACACACUCACAGACACAGACACACACACACACUCACACACACAGAUACACACUCACACACACACACACGCAAACAAACACUCAUACACAAACACACACACACUCUCACAGACACACGUUCACACACAGACACAAACACACAGACAGACACACAAACACACAAACACACACACGCAAACAAACACACACUCAUAUACACACACACACACACACAACUAUUUUGCUUGUUGUUUUCACCUAGUUUGAGUUUCUCUCUGUUUCAUUAAGCAAAUUCUCAAAAGCAAUUAUUUCAUUUUUAUCACAAUCACUUAAUGAAUUCAUAAAUAGCUGGAAUGUAAACAACAACAAAAGGGUGUUUUAUUUAAAGAACUUUUUUAUGUAAUGGUCACGGAAAACCUGGAAAUAUCAGGGAAUUUUUAAUAUUGUGAUUAAAAAGUCAUUUAUAUAUAUAUAUAAUUUAUUAAUGACUUUUAUCAUGUUUAAUAAGGAUGUUCGUGAAAAAGUGUGUUAUUCAGUGUUAUACACCUGUCUGACACACACCACAGGUGAUGUAAGAUCAGUGUUGCCAGAUCAUGCAACAGAAGCAAGCAACCACAAUAAAAAUCAUGUCUUUAGUUUGAAGUGAGAUCUGGCAACACACAACUGGAAUCUGGAAUGACAUCCAAGUGAUUGUGCAGCAGUUUUCAGAAGCUGC